ACCGUUAUCAAAUGAAUUAUAGUGGCUAGAUUAGUUAACCCUACAUUUUGAAAUGACGAGCCGAAUGCAUAAACCCUAACUCCCUGCUGAUCUCGAUCCAAAUUCCCGUCUUUCUUUCCCUCUCAUUUCGAUUUUGGAUUUGGCGGAGAAAGCAGGCAAGCAAGAGAGAUGAGGGAGGAGGAGGUGGAGAGGAUGCGAGGAGUGGUGCGUGACUGCGUCAGCAAGCAUCUCUACUCGUCAGCCAUCUUCUUCUCUGAUAUGGUGGCGGCGGCAACCGGUGAUCCUGCCGACAUCUACAUGCAGGCCCAGGCUCUCUUCUUAGGUCGCCAGUACCGCCGUGCCCUCCACCUUCUUAAUUCUUCCCAGAUCGUCCUACGCGACCUUCGGUUUCGCUACCUCGCUGCCAAAUGUUUGGAAGAGCUGAAAGAAUGGCAUCAAUGUCUGGCUAUGCUUGGUGAUGCUAAAGUUGAUGAACAUGGACAUGUUCUUUCACAAAAGGAUGGGACGGCAAUGUAUUUGGAUAAAGAUGGAGAAGAUCAUGAAAUUAAUAUUAUCUCUGCAAUUUGUUUUUUACGUGGCAAGGCAUAUGAGGCUUUGGAAAAUCGCGCUCAAGCCAGACAAUGGUAUAAAGCAGCUGUUAAGGCAGAUCCGUUAUGUUUUGAGGCUUUGGAAUGUCUGGUUGACAAUUACAUGCUCACAUGUGAGGAGGAAUCAAAUCUAUUAGCUUCUUUGCAAUUUGGGAAAGAUGAUAGGUGGCUUUCCUCAUUCUACUCAUGUCUUGUAAAGAAGCAUGACAAAGAACAUGUUGUAGAAGCCAAGUUCACAGAGCUUGAAAGAGAGAUUUGUGGUGUUGCAUCUUCUACUUCUUCUUUUAGCCAAAAACUAAAAAACAACACUGAUUUACUCUCCCGCAGAGCUGAAUACUAUUACAACAAUGGAGAGUAUCAAAAAUGCUUUGAGCUCACAUCUGUGGUAUUAGAAAGAGAUCCUUACCAUUUUAAAUGUACAUUAGUUCAUUUAGCGGCUGCAAUGGAGCUUGGUCGCUCAAAUGAUCUCUAUCUGAUGUCCUGCAAUUUGGUGAAAGAUUAUCCUCAAAAAGCUCUGUCCUGGUUUGCUGUUGGAUGUUACUACUAUUGUAUCAAGAAAUAUGACCAGUCACGGAGAUACUUUUGCAAGGCUACCACCUUGGAUGGGGCAUUUCCACCUGCUUGGAUAGGUAUUGGUAAUGCUUAUGCUGCACAAAGUGAGGGUGAACAAGCAAUGGCUGCAUUCCGCACAGGAGCUCGUUUGUUUCCUGGGUGUCACUUGCCAACCCUCUAUAUUGGAAUGGAAUACAUGCAAACACAUAAUUACAAGCUUGCAGAACAAUUCUUUUUGCAGGCAAAAAGGAUAUGCCCUUCUGAUCCACUUGUAUACAAUGAACUUGGAGUUGUCGCUUAUCAUAUGAGGGAGUAUCAGAAAGCAGUUCAAUGGUUUGAGAUGACUCUGGAUUGUGUGCCAUCGUCAUUGAGUGAGAUGUGGGAACCAACUUUGGUAAACCUCGCACAUGCAUUAAGAAAACUAAAGAGGUUCUACAAGGCUAUCUCUUGUUAUGAAAAGGCUCUUGCUCUUUCUACUCGCAAUUUUGACACAUUUGCUGGUCUGGCAUAUACUUUUCAUCUGCAGGACAAUUAUGAUGCCGCAAUAACCUACUACCACAAAGCUCUCUGGCUUGAUCCAAACGAUCAGUUCUGUACAGAAAUGCUGGCUCUUGCUCUUGAGGAUGACAUCAGAAAUACAGAUCAUCGUAAAUAACUUAUUUGUAUGUAUCAUAUGUGCCUGUGUAUGAUGCUCAUCUAUUAAGCUUAUAUGCUCCGAGAAAGCUUUCAAGAUUAGUUAACAAUUGUUCGAGGGUGAGAAAUAAUAUUUGCAGGUUCCAGAAGAUGAGAAAGCGAAGUUGGAAGGCACCUCGAUUUGUCGAGUGGAAACUAGUAAUUCGGAUGUCUCAGAUCUUUUAACAAGCAAUCUGUGUAAAAAUUCAUUGAUGAUAUAUUUUUGCCUCUAAAAUUCGACACAUUAAUGUUUCUUAAUUUUAUUCUCCUCGAAUAUAUCUCUAUUGUAAAUUUUUAUGGCACAAAUGUUUCAGGUGUCUAAUUUUUUGUUGA